AUGGCUUCUCAGGCUCCCAACCAGCCGCGCCCGUACCCCCCAAGCUACCUCCCCAACGGCGGAGCUCCUUCUGGUCCCGUGCCUGGAGCCGCACCACUCCUUCCUAAUCAGGGUCGCGUAAUACAGACAGCCAGCGCCCGAGUUCUCUGCGUCGCCGAUGUGAGAGGUAACCUCCAGUCGCUCAACCAGCUCGCCGCAGAUGCUCGAGCCAACUACAUCAUACACACAGGUGACUUUGGCUUCUACGAUGACCGCUCGCUCGACCGCAUCGCCGACAAUCGUAGGACCCUGAAGCAUGUCGCCCAGUACUCACCCCUGCUGUCCGAUGCUGUGAAGCGCUCAAUUGCUGCCGCCCCACCACAGCCUCCCAUCAAGGAACGCUUCGCACGCGAACACCUUCCCCUCUCCGAGCUACCCCUCUUCCUGAAUAAGACGUAUACCCUGAAUGUGCCUGUCUAUACGGUAUGGGGAGCUUGUGAGGACGUCCAGGUUCUGGAGAAGUUGCGCUCCGGCGAGUACAAGAUCGACAACCUACACAUCAUAGACGAGGCACACUCACGGCUGAUCGAUGUGGGUGGUGUGAAGCUCCGACUCCUCGGCCUUGGCGGCGCGGUGGUGAUGCACAAGCUAUUCGAUAAUGGUGAGGGCAGGACUACAAUUGCUGGUGGCCAGGGGACCAUGUGGACAACGCUGCUACAGAUGGGCGAGCUCGUGGAUACGGCCAAUCGUGUCUAUGACCCAACUGAAACUCGCAUCUUCGUCACGCACGCUUCUCCGGCACGUGAAGGUCUGCUGAAUCAGCUCUCAGUCACGCUCAAGGCAGACUUCUCCAUCUCCGCAGGCCUGCACUUCAGGUACGGCAGCUCGUACAAUGAGUUCAGCGUGAACCCAACCCUGGAUCACUACCGUGGCAAGCUCGCUGCGUCAAAGGCGUCCUUCAACGAUGUCUGGGAUACGGUCAAGUCUGAGGUUGAGCCUGCGGUUGCCGACAGCGAGUCGCAGCAGCGCCUUCUCGCUCUAGCACUCGAUAUUGUCAACAAGAUGCCCACCAUCGCCAAUGGCGGCAAUCCAUUUGGCGGCCCGGCACCUGGCCCCCAGAGUGGCGUCAUUGACGAGAGCGCAUUCAAGAACAUGUGGAACUUUAACCUGGCCGAUGCGGCCUAUGGAUGGCUAGUCCUAGAUAUCGACAAUGGCAGGAUUGGUACCGAGAUGAGGGCGCAAGGCUUCAACUUCGCGCACCGUGGUGGUAAGGCGGGCCCUCAAGCUCAAGGAGCACCACCAGUUGCCCCGACUGGUAAUCAGUCAGCGCCCGGCCCGAAUCCUGCGACACAGCCGUCUCCUGCGCAAGCUCGAACAAACAUGCCGCCAUCAGGCACCCCACAACAGGCACGCACGGCAACUGCAACCCCGCCAGUGCAACAACAACAGAUGAAGCCUGCAUCGCAGCCACCACGAACUGGCCCAUCUCCCGUUCCCGCAACCCCAAAGGACCUCAUUAAGCCAGCAACGCCACAACCGAGUGCACCUGUGGGUACCAAUGCCCCGGCAAAUGCCGCUGCCGAGAAGGCCAUUCCCAGUGAGGUCAAGCCAAACGGAACAGCUGCUCCAGAAAAGGGCCCUUCGUCCCCUGCACCGAGGGAGGAGAGGAAAGAGCAAAAGGCCCUCUUCAUUGUCAACGUAAAGGACGAGGACGAGGCCAAGAGCCUGCUUGCUGAUGAGGACAAGUCCAAGGUGGAGAAGAUCGAGAAGCAAAAGCACUUCUUCAUUGCGCACUUUGCCACGCCUUCUGAUAUGACAGCUGCAUUCAACCGAAUUUCGCCGGACAUAAAAAACUCCAGGUCUCCAGAGAAGCCGAGCGUCAAGAUCUAUCGUGAUCCUGCAACCAACCCUAAGUACGGAGCCGGUAGCUGGCAAGCGAGCAACCGGGGAGGCAUCCAAAGCGGCGGUUACCGCAGUGGAGGUGCCUCUGACAGUGAGGGUGGACGCGGUGGGCGAGGCCGAGGUGGAUAUCCACGUGGAAGCAGCGAUCGUGGGAGUAGCCAACGAGGACGAGGCGGUCGCGGAAGGGGAUAUCGGGGUGGACAAGGCGAAGGUGCUCCGGCAUCAACCGGAGGCGAGUCAUAAAUUACCCAUGACUUGCAUAUCGUCCUUCUGCCAUGCUAAUCCUCUUCCUAGCCCACACUGACGCGAAAUGGUAGGCCAGUAGCCGGUA